CGCUGUGGAGUAAAAGGCCAAAAAAGGAAAAGCGGAACAGGAAGAAAACACGCGCUGCUGCAGUUUCAUACUGAAGAUCAUUAAAUGAGGAAGAUGGAAGAUUUAAAAUCAAUAAACCGCAUUAAACUGAUUAUCAGCGCCUUAUUUUACACCUGUGUGAGCUGCAGUUCAGUGGAACAGAAGAUCUAUGUUGAACUGAACGAUACGGUUCCGUGUGUUCGACUGCUGAACGCCACACAUCAGAUCGGCUGCCAGUCAUCUAUAUCAGGAGACACUGGUGUCCUCCAUGUGCUGGAGACCGAAUCAGACCUGGACUGGAUACUCAACACGGGACCACAUCCUCCUUACAUGGUCGUCAUGGAGACGGCCUUCUUCAACAGAUCGGUGAUGUUGAUGAUGAAGAACUCAUCCAGGGUCGCUGGAGUCGCUGUGAUUGUGUCAAACACGGGUCCUGCUGACGGAUUCUCACCCCACGCCUCCUGCCCCAACCAGAACACAGGUGUGUAUUCUGGAAGUUAUGGCCCUGAACUAGCCAACUGUAACGUCACCGUGUGGAACCCGCUCGGAAACGGACUGUCCUACGAAGACUUUGCUUUCCCCGUGUUCGCUCUGAACGACGAGAAUCAAACUGAGGUCAUCCGCCAGUGUUAUGAGCUUCAUAACAAGCGUGUGAAUGGCAGCGGUCCUGAGUACCCUCUGUGUGCGAUGCAGCUCUUCUCUCACAUGCAUGCAGUGACGGACACCGUGACGUGUAUGAGACGCACAGACCUGCAGAACCGAUUUAGCAUCAACCCAGAAGUUCUGUGUGACCCCUUGAAUGAUUUUAACGUCUGGGCGUCCACACGCUCCCUCAACAACAGCGCGAAGGGCCACGUGAUGAACGAGAGCGUUGUCAUCGCCGCGACAAGGCUUGACGGCCGGUCAUUUUUCUGGGAGAAGGCUCCAGCGGCCGAGGGAACCGUGUCUGGAAUCGUCACUCUGUUGGCUGCGGUUCAAGCACUCUAUCCUGUCACUAAGGAAACUCCGCCCCCACGCAAUAUUUUUUUCACCUUUUUUCAAGGGGAAGCAUUUGAUUACAUCGGCAGCUCAAAGAUGGUGUACGAUAUGGAAAAACAGGAGUUUGUUAUCGACUUGAAUAAUGUACACUCCAUGCUGGAAAUUGGACAGGUUGGGCUGGGCAGUGGGCGUGAUCUGUGGCUGCACUCUGACCCCAUAUCCCGCAGCAAUCUCAGCAUUAAAGAGGAUGUUGAGGCUUUGGUGAACAACAUGAAAUCUGUGGCUUCUAAUUUGAGUAUCUCAUUGGCCGAGCCAUCUCACAGUCAGCCUUUACCGCCCUCCUCCUUCCAGCGUUUCCUGCGGGCAAGACAGAUCCCCGGCGUCGUGCUGGCAGACCACCAGUCAGCUUUCAAAAACAGAUACUACGAGAGUUUGUACGACACCGCAGCAAACCUGAAUGUGACGUACCCGCCAAAUCUGAGUCCGGACGAGCAGCUUGUGUACGAGACUGAAACGGCAAAGUCUCUAGCUGAAGUGGCCACACUAGUCGCUCGAUCACUUUACAGGCAGGCAGGAGGCAAAGAGAACGCACUGAACAACAUCACCGCUGACCCUAAGAUCGUUGCUCGGUUGCUGUAUGGCUUUCUUAUUCAGAAGAACAAUAGUUGGUUCAGAUCUUUGUUGCCUCCAGAAGUGACUAAAAAAGGAGACAAUGCCAUGUUAGGUUCUGGUCCUCCUCAGUUCUACAUCGGUCUGGGCCCGCAGAUCCAUGGUCCGGUCCACAGCGUGACACGGUUUGUGCAGUAUAUUCUGGCUAACCUGACGGGAACUGUUACCAACCUCACAGAGACUCAGUGUCAGAACCCCAACGACAUCAAUACUGAGAGCAAAGAUUUGUUUUCAUACUUCUGGGUUUCGGGCUCCGUCUCGGCGAACAGCACUGGAGACCCGUUCUGUGUGCGAGCGUCUGUGCGUCUCUCUAAAGCCAUCUCGCCUGCGUUUGAACUUCUGGAAUACGGAUCCAGAGAGUAUUCCACAUGGACAGAGUCUCGCUGGAAGAGCAUCCGAGCGCGGAUCUUUCUCGUGGCCAGCCGAGAACUCGAGAUGUUAACACUGGGGGUGGGCGUGGCUGUGCUGCUCUUGUCUCUAUUGGUGACGUACUUCAUCAGUUCAAAGGCGGAGCUUUUGUUUAGCUCCGCCCGCGAAACACCCACAGCGACCUACUGAACAGAACCACAGUCCAGAUUCUACGAGCAUCCAUUCCCCAAUAAACCAAAAACACUCACAUAUACACUCUUGAGUUAAAGAAUAAUUUAUUCAAACCUCACAGAUCAAACAAAACUGUUUAUUUUGCUGCACUAGUUUUAGCUGGACUGGUCUGAACUGGUCUGGUCUCUUGGAAAGGUGUUCAUAUUAUAUUUGUCAUCGUUGUUAUAAUUUCUGAUUUUUCUUUCUGACUCUAAAACAUGGGUGUGGCACAAAACUGACAAGCUGAUUUUAAUUGUUUAAAUGUGGUUAAGAAUAAUGAGUGAUUGAAUGUUGAUGCAAGUUGUGUGUUUUGAAUGUGUAGGCUUGCACAUGUGUGUAUUUGAUUGUAUGUAUGCAGUGAGUAUGUGCAAUAGCUUACCGAGUGUGUAGUUUAAAACUGAUUUUGUUGUCGAUCUUUUUGUUUGCGAAUGUAACACUGUCUGUUCUGUUGGAAUUGAGCAGCAGUGUACGAUAAGUCAAUAAGUUUACGACCGCGACUACACAAUAAAACUCCGAACACAGACUGACUGCUCUGAAUCACUCAUAAUGUUUCCAGCUGAGAGAUGCAGAGCUUUAAAAAAACCAAAUUAUCAAUGAUAUGCAGCGUUUGCUUGUUGACUUGAGUUGAAUGAAAGCUGUUUGAUCAAUGAUGUCAUUAUUUUUCUCGAAGAAAUUGAUGUCUUGAGAACUGAAUAAACAUCUUUUCCAAA